CAGUCAGUCGUAUGAGAUCAACCUUACCACAAAACCGCAGUUUUUGUCGGGAUACACUUGGUGAAUACAUAGUAUUUUUCCUUGCAAUGAAAACAAUGGAAUUACAGCUCAGAUUAUUCCUUACCAUUUGUAUUGUAUUGCACUCUGCAUCACCGACACAUGCAGAUUUAUCUGAUGCAUCUAAAGGAUGUAAAGAAUCAAAAGAAACUGCAAAACGUGUAGAAUCCUGUCCACGAUCAGAACAGGAAUGGGAAGAGGCAGCAUCCAGGAAAGGCUGCCAAAACAUCAGCCACUCUUGUUCUUCAUUUGAAUACCACUGUGUACUAAAUGCAUGGAAAAAUGAAACAAUAGAAGUGUGUGCACCAAUUCAAACCAUCGUUGGAAAUGUAUGCGCAGAGUACAGUUUUGGUGGAUCAAGAAUACAGCGUAACGGAUACGCAGGAUGCCAAGAAUGUCCAGCAUUUUUUUUCUCUAACGAGAGCUAUAAAUAUACUGAGUGCUAUGAUUUAGUCAACAAAACAGGUGAAACAAGCAAACCAAUAGUUAUUACAACUCCGUCUACUUUGAAGAUCACGGCUAUAACAGACAGUAAAGAAUUCAUAACACCCUCCGGACAGGAAGGAGCUUCAACUGACCCGGAUUCAGAUUCAGAUCUAAAUACCAAAAUAAUAAUCCCAAUCUGUGUUGGAAUUGCCAGUCUAAUAGUUGUUAUUCUUAUAUGUGUUGUAUAUCGUUCACGGAAAGAAUGUUCCUUUAUAGAAGAUAUGAUGUCCCGGAUUUGCAGGUUUCGGACAAGACAAAAACAAAUCAACCUUGUCGAAAAUAUCAAUACAAACAUUGAAAACACACCUUUAAAGGAUGAAACUACAGAUCAUUGUUUUAUUAAGAUGGAACCAUCAUUAGAAGAGCAACAACUCGGUGACACAUAUAAUACGUGAUCCAUUUGUUGUAUGCAACGUCAGUUCUUGAUAUAGACUGAAAAAUGGCAGCUAAACCUAAAAUUUUGUGUUGCAUUUAUUAACUACAUGCACAUACUGUUAUAUGCUCUAUUUUACUUUAAUAUUUGAAUUGUGCCAAACUUUGCUCAGUUUGAAAAAAUACAUAUGAACUUUUCAUACUUGAA